AUGAUAACACAUGGUGCUGUGCAGAGAAUUUCCCCUUUAUUCAGUUUAAAAUCCAAAAGUGGACAAAUUCCACUUUUACGUUCACGAUGUAACGAUAUAAAACCUUUUGUGUAUCAAUCAACUCAGUCUACAUCUUCAGAUGACAAAAUAUUCAUUCCUGGUCCUGAUAAAUCUAGUACAUGGUGGCCUCAUCAACCAAUAAAUCGUGAAAGUCGUGUUGUAAAACUCUAUCCCGUACGUUUUCGUCAUAAAACUCGUAUUUCACUUGUCAGAGAAGGAUGCGCUAACAGACCUUUCUAUACUAUACAGGUUAAAUCUAAUCUUGCUGAACCAAAAAGACCUGGCAUUGAACAAGUUGGUUCAUGGGAUCCAUUACCUAAUAUCCAUGGAGAACAAUUGAUUGCAUUAAAUUUUGAACGUAUCUCUUAUUGGUUAGGUAUGGGAGCUGAACCAACUACACGUGUUGCUGAAUUAUUAGGUUUAUGCGGAUUUCUACCAAUUCAUCCAAGAUCCUAUCUAAUGGCGUAUAGAUCUCGUAUUGAAAUGAUAAAAUAUUUAGAAAAACAAAAACAAGCUGAAAAACACGAAGAAGAGACUACUAGUGAAACAGAAUUAAAUAGUACUAAAGAGACUGAAGAAAGUGAAACGAAAGAACCAGAUAUUCACUCACGUGUUGAUUCAAUUUGGUGUAAACGGGAUAAACCAUCAUCAUGGUGGUUUUAUGGCUUACCCUAA